UCGUUUUUACUUCCCUACAAAUCGAAGGCACAAAAACAAGACGACGCGACAGAUCCUAUACCGACGGAAGUUUUUUCGAGCGCGUCGCACUGGAGGGGAGGAAGCGAUGGCAGUCCCGGUGAAAACAGCGCUGGCCGUCCUGGUUCUCACCGUGGCAACUGCCUUGUGUGCGGAGGUGGAGGAGCGGCUAGUGAAUCACCUAUUGUCACCGGAGCGUUACAACAAGCUUAUCAGACCAGCGGUUAACAACAGCCAGCAGGUCACCAUUUACAUCCUGGUGUCUCUGGCCCAGCUGAUCAAUGUGGGAUGGAACGACUACAGAUUAACAUGGGAUCCUGAUGAGUAUGAGGGAAUAAAAAAGAUUCGACUCCCGUCACAACACAUCUGGCUGCCAGACAUCGUCCUCUAUAACAAGUAUGAUGAUUACAUCACAGAAAUACUGCAUAGGGACAAAGGCAAUGCCGAUGGGACAUAUGAAGUGUCCUUCUACUCCAAUGCUGUGGUCUCCAACAACGGUGAAGUCGCCUGGCUUCCACCAGCAAUCUACAAAUCAGCCUGCAAAAUUGAAGUGCGGGACUUUCCCUUCGACCAACAGAACUGCACCCUCAAGUUUCGCUCUUGGACGUACGACCACACAGAGAUUGAUCUCAUCCUGCUCAGUGAUUAUGCCUCACGUGAUGACUUCAAACCCAGCGGUGAGUGGGAUAUUGUUUCGCUCCCUGGACGCAAGAAUGAAGACCCUAAUGACAUCAGAUACCUGGACAUCACCUAUGACUUCAUUAUCAGGAGAAAACCUCUGUUCUACACCAUCAACCUGAUCAUUCCCUGCAUCCUCAUCACAUCGCUAGCUAUACUGGUGUUCUACCUGCCGUCAGACUGUGGUGAGAAGAUGACCCUUUGCAUCUCCGUCCUCCUGGCCCUGACUGUGUUUUUGCUCCUUAUCUCCAAGAUAGUGCCACCAACAUCUCUAGCAGUGCCUCUGAUUGGAAAGUACUUGAUGUUUACGAUGGUGCUAGUCACCUUUUCCAUCGUCACAAGUGUUUGCGUUCUCAAUGUGCACCAUCGCUCCCCCAGCACGCACACCAUGCCGCCCUGGGUGAAGCGUGUCUUCCUGUACCGGCUCCCCUCUUUCCUCUUCAUGCGGCGACCAGGAAGCUCCAACAUCCGAGAACGAUUCCGGAAAAAAACCCAAAAACAGAAGUUAGCAGACCAGAGGCUGUGUGGAGCCGAAGGUGGGAUCGGAAGUACAUCGGGAAUUGCAGAUUCCUCGUCAUCGUUCUAUGUCAACGAGGAGUCAGCCAAACGCUACGGCUGGAGGAUCAGUGACUUGCCAGAAAACACAGAGUUCAGAAGGAGGAUGACUCUGAAGGGCAGCAUUAAUGUGGAGGAUGCAGUGGAUGGAGUGCGAUACAUUGCUGAGAAGAUGAAGAGUGAGGAUGAUGAUGAGGGGAUCAUUGAAGACUGGAAAUAUGUGGCCAUGGUGAUCGACCGUCUCUUCUUGUGGAUCUUUGUUUUUGUGUGUGUGGUCGGUACGCUGGGCCUCUUCAUGCAGCCGCUUUUCCAGAGUUAUAACACCCCCAUUGUCGAUGACACGGAGAAUAACUGAAACCUGAAUCCUGAACUUUGAUUUUCAUGUGGCUUAGAUAUUUGCUUUUACUCUUCUCCUAAAAUUCAGCUCUGGUAACGAAUUUAACAUGUGAAACUCACACGUCCACCACUCGCCGCAGUCCAACCAGGAAAUGACACUUGAGCCCUCUCCCACCGGUUACUCUUUUACGAUGGUCCACUCUCCUCUUCCUAUAUGUGACCUGCCUUCAAGGUGCCAGGGUCAGGUGCCAGUUUAUUUCCUUACCUAACAUUCAAAUGUUAGGCAAGAACAGUGAAGUGUAAUCCCUAAAAACAGAAAUAGAAUAGACCACAAAACACACGUUUUUGCUUUGUUGUCAUUAUCAAAGGAAACCAAAUACCAAGUAACCAAUAACCAAAUUCUGUUUAACGUAAUGCAGAAAGGAGAUUGGAACUGUUGUUUAUAAAUAUUACGUUUUCUCUCAAAAUUCUUAACUUUUUGAAAGACUAAAAUGAAACAGCACUGUAAAAGGAGUACAUUUAAAUUACAUCAGAUUAACCCUUAUCACUGUUCAGAAGAGUUUACCUGGCCAAGAAAAACUCAGGAUUAGAUUUUAGAACGGAUUUUCUUAAAAAGUACUGCUCUUUUCUACCAUCCUAUUAAAUCAUAAUCAUGUUAAUGGAACAGAAUUGGGGCCAGCACUGUCAUUAAAUAAUACCUCAUUUGGUCUAAAUUAACUGGCAGACAGGGCCCUGAAAUGAAAAGAUUAUUCUAUGAUGUUCACAUUUCCGAUGCACCCUUAAAGAGAAUAAGAUUAAUCCUUUCUGUUUAAAUGCACAACAGAUCACUCCUCUUGUGUCUUUUUAACCAAUAGCACAUUUACUGUAUACAUUCGUAGGAUUUGCCUUUAGAAUGAGACGAGAAGGGAUGCAGAACUCGUGGCUGCUCAACAGAUUUGUCUUAGAUUUUCCCCAACUUAUUUUAAUGCUCACACAACUCACUGUGCAGAGUGAUCAAAUCUAUUUAAAUACUAUUUUUAUUAAUAAACUGCUGUUGCAAUUUUAAACGGAGAGAUGUUACGAUGAUGUUACAAAUGACUGAAGUGACCGUAAAGCCGUUGUGUUUCAACAUGUUUCUCUUAAGUUUCCCUUUUUCUGUCGGAGAAGUCUCCCGGCAUCCACCCACCUCCUGUCCAUCACAGAGGAAACCAGCAGUGAUCAUAAUUAACUGAAUUUCAUACACAUCAUCCUGGUGUGUAUGAUUCAAACAGCCCAUCUCUCCACUGACAUUAUGUUCUGUCACACUGUGUGCUCAGUCAUUAGAGUCUGCUCUGUGAGAAAUUACUCCAGUAUAUAUCCAGCUAAUCAUUUCUAAGGGGGAUAAGAACUUGUCACUGUGAUACUGCACAUGUCUGUCACUGCUGCUAACGCUAACGGGCUAAACGUUGCCUGUACUGAUGCAGCUAUAUUAUUUUCUUUCAUCAUUGUGUUAUGAGUGGAUUUUGGACUGAAACAGGGCCUCUCUUUUUCCUCCCACUGGUCGGUCAUGCGUCCAUUGUUUUAUUGUUCAGGAAAGUAUUGUGAUAGGAACCUGAUGUCUUGCAUAAAUUGAUCAAUAAAGGAAAAUGA